CCAACAUGAACGCUGAACGCACCAACGACACUCAAUGCACCUCUCACGCAUCCGAAGAUUCCAGCCGACGGCGCACCGCCACACUGCCGGUGACUCCUUCCUUACCAUGUCACCGGAACCCGUUGUCAUCCAUCUCCGGCGUACCCUCGCCGCCGCCCUCCUCUUCUUCGCCGUUUCUCUCUCUUGCUUGAUUCUCUUCGGAAACUUCGAGCACUUUCGGUUCUUCCCUUCCUCUCAUCGAUUCCCCAAUCUGCCCACCGUUUUCCCUUCGCAGCUCAACGAUGCCGACGCGGCUAGCAAUGAAUAUCCACUCGAAGAAAUUCUGAAAGAAGCUGCCAUGGAAGACAAAACUGUUAUCUUAACCACAUUAAAUGAAGCAUGGGCAUCACCAAAUUCUGUCAUUGAUCUUUUCCUUGAGAGCUUUAGAAUUGGAUAUCGUACACGUAGGCUUUUGAAUCACUUAGUAAUUAUUGCAUUAGACCAAAGGGCGUUUGCACGCUGUAAAGUUAUACACACCUAUUGCUUUUUGCUUGUUAGUGAAGACAGUGACUUUCAUAAAGAGGCAUAUUUUAUGACUUCUCGCUACCUGAAAAUGAUGUGGAGAAGGAUAGAUUUUCUACGUUCUGUUCUUGAGAUGGGGUACAAUUUUGUAUUCACAGAUGCUGAUAUCAUGUGGUUCAGGGACCCAUUUCCUCGGUUUCACCAUGAUGCAGAUUUCCAGAUAGCAUGCGAUCAUUUCACGGGUAGCUCGUAUGAUUUAGAGAAUAGACCCAAUGGAGGGUUCAACUUUGUAAAGUCCAAUAAUAGAUCAAUAGAGUUUUACAAAUUCUGGUACUCUUCGCAAGAAGUCUAUCCGGGAUACCAUGAUCAGGAUGUGCUCAAUUUCAUCAAGGUAGACCCUUUCAUCACCGAUAUAGGACUGAAAAUGAGGUUCUUGGAUACAGCAAAUUUUGGUGGCCUUUGUGAACCAAGCAAAGAUUUAAAUCAAGUUUGUACAAUGCAUGCGAAUUGUUGCUAUGGCAUGGAUAGUAAGCUUCACGAUCUUAGAAUUAUGCUUCAGGAUUGGAAAUACUAUUUGACCUUGCCUCCUAAGUUGAAGAGAUUGUCAGUUAUCUCCUGGAGGGUUCCUCAGGAAUGCAGCAUUGAUUCUCUCAGGCACCAAGGUUCACCAGAGAUGAGUGUUGAAGAGGAUUAGAGUUCUCAUUGCACAUUUCUCAUACAUGAUUAUUGAUUAAUUACAUGAUGCAUCAAAGUGAAAGUUCUACUAGGAUGCUGCAAAAAAAGACUAUAUAGCACUGAUACUAACAUGGAGACAGGACAUGGGACACAAUAUAACAUGAAUAUCUAGGAUACUCACUCCAAAUUUUGGAAGUUGUAACAUUUAAGAUACUGAUAUCAUAUGUGUAUAUCUUGUACUAUUUUCUUUGUUAGAUAUGUGUGUUAUACUGUGCUCAAGUCCCCAGAAAAAAAAAAUACAAGCAGGUCAUUAUAUUUGUAAGGUGUGAUUAGUAAGUGUCCUAGGACAAAAAAAAAAAAAAAAAAAUAGACACAGGAAAUAGAAGACAAAAUAGAAAACUUGUGUCUUCUUCUUGUCUCCACCUUUUAUAGAUUUUGGGUUGAUA